UAUGUUCUGACAUGUCGUUGGUAAUUUGACAAUUAUAUACAUAUUUUUACUUAUCUUUCAUGUAAAGCAUUACAGUACAUUAUUAUUAAGAAGUCAGAGCUUAACAGCGUCUCUCUGUCGCUCGGUUAGCAUUAGCCAACGCGUUGCUAGCUAGCAGUUUGUUUACGUUAAUGCGACAACUUGGAAGUGUAUAAGAAAGGACAUAAUAACAACGUUCCCACCAACAUUCCGUACCAUUAUGAGUGUUCUGAUUUUAAUCAUGUCUUAAAAACAAGGUGGUAGUGAAUGUGAUAGUUCCUGUCUAGCCAUGGAGCAGUGUGCGUGUGUGGAACGGGAGCUGGAAAAGGUGCUCCAUCGGUUCGUCAUGUACGGACACCAGUCCGAGGAACGGCUGGAUGAACUUCUUCGCAGCGUCUGUGAGCUACGGGGACAACUGGUCACAUUCGGGGUACAAGAUGCAGAUCUGUCAGUGCUGUCUCAGACGAUGGCCCAGUGUUGUAAGAACAUUAAGGAAACAGUACAGCUGCUGGCCUCCAGACACAAGGACAUUCACGGCAGUGUCUCCAAAGUGGGAAAAGCUAUCGACAGGAACUUUGAUGCUGAGGUGAGUGCGGUGGUAGCAGAGACAGUGUGGGACUCACCUGAGAGACAGAAGUACCUAAGUGAGACCAUUGUGGAACACCUGUACAGACAAGGCAUGCUCAGUGUGGCAGAAGACCUGUGUCAGGAGUCUGGAGUAGUGAUUGACAUGAGCAUGAAGCAGCCAUUUUUGGAACUCAACAGAAUCUUGGAGGCCUUAAGGAUGCAGAAUCUCAGACCAGCACUGGAAUGGGCUGUAACCAACCGCCAGCGCCUACUGGACCUAAACAGCACGCUGGAGUUCAAGCUGCACCGCCUCUACUUCAUCAGCCUGCUGAACGGAGGCAUCACCAAUCAGCUGGAGGCGUUGCAGUAUGCCAGGCACUUCCAGCCCUUCGCCUCGCAGCAUCAGCGAGACAUCCAGAUCCUGAUGGGUAGCCUGGUGUACCUGCGCCACGGCAUAGAGAACUCCCCUUACCGCUCCCUUCUAGAGACCAACCAGUGGGCUGAGAUCUGUAAUAUCUUCACCAGGGAUGCCUGUGCUCUGCUGGGGUUGUCUGUAGAGUCACCGCUCAGUGUCAGUUUUGCAUCAGGCUGCAUGGCUCUACCCGUCCUCAUGAACAUCAAACAGGUGAUCGAACAGAGACAGUGUAGCGGAGUCUGGACGCACAAGGACGAGCUGCCUAUUGAGAUAGACCUGGGGAAGAAGUGCUGGUACCACUCCGUGUUUGCCUGUCCCAUUCUCCGGCAGCAGACGUCAGAGAGCAACCCACCCAUGAAGCUCAUUUGUGGACACGUCAUUUCCAGAGACGCCCUCAACAAACUCACCAAUGCUGGGAAACUGAAAUGCCCGUACUGUCCCAUGGAGCAGAACCCGUCAGAUGCCAAGCAGAUCUUCUUUUGAUCCUCCAUUCUGUUUCCUGAAACCCUCUGGAAAGAAACCCAAAGGGACCCAGGCAGAGGGGAGCCCCCUGGAGCUCCUGUUCGUACCUGUUAGUCCGGGACCCCUGGAAAUUUCCCACCCUACGUCCUCACAUGCACCAGCCCCCCACCCCCCAGCUUGGACAGAUUACCCCCCCACCCCUCCGUUGUGACGGCCCAGUGCUGCAAUACCCCUGCCCUGUCAACGCCUCCAAGUGAAAAAGACUGAUGUAGAUAGCCUGCCUUUAAAUUCAACCCUUAAAAAGAGACUGAGGAGGAAGUCCACAUGAGAACCUGGCAAUGAAAUGUCUCCGAAAAGGAUCCUUCAUUUAUUGACACUUGUUCAUUUGCAACUGCUUGCAGAACUAAUGAUAGGCUCUUUUUUUACAGAUGUGUUGUUACAUCUUUUUUUUUUUUUUUUUUUUUUUUUUGAUCUAGCUGAGUUCAGUUUUUGGAUGACUUCGGCUCUUUUUUUAAAAAGAAAAGUUAUUUCCUUUAUCCAUCCUAUCUUUAGGUUUUCCUCUGUGUGUAGAAUGGGUUGGUUGAAUAAUUCAGAGGGUGUUUGAGGGGUGAUAUGACACCUUGGUUUCUACACAGCGUUCUGGUUUCAGGAGAAUAUUUAAACUUCUAUAUUACAGAGGUUAAAGCAUGGCCUCUGAGAAAGUAUAUUCACAUAUAAAUUGUAUUGAGAGGUUAUGAUUGGUGGAUGUGACCGUGGUGACAUUUUGUGAAUAGAACACUGAUUGUAAUAUAUUUUUUUCAUUUCUCCUUGGCGGUGGCAUAUAAUAAAAGCCCUGAUUAGUUGAAGGUUACUGAGUUACAGUACAUCAAAAGUUGUGAUGGAAAGGUAAAGGCUGGUUUUAUGACCAGUUCUAAUAACAAGAAUGAUCCGAAAGCAGGAAGCCAUGUUUUUUGGUUCAUGUAAGUAAUUAACAAAUAGAAGAAAAAAAAAAAAAGGAAAAUAUACUACUGUGAUUUCUGCUUUUUGUUUUAUUUUUCAUCGCUAGAUUUGUCCUGUAAAAUAGUGAAGCCAUGGAAGUCAUAACACGUUUUAUGAAACAAUUAUGCACAAAAUUGCCCCAUGUUUCUUGGGUUGUCUCCAACAGGGUGGUGUCAUUCAUGGAUCAUGGAUGUCAGAAGUUGGUUCAUGCUGGCACCUGCUCUUGGCUGUGCUUCAUCUAAAUCAGAACGUCUACUCAUUUUGUCAGCGCUUCAACAGACCAUCAAGCUACAGUCCACGCACUGCCUCAGAGCCUGAGGAAAUGGAUGAGCAUGUCUUGGGAAGAUCAAAUCCUUCAUGGUCCGAAUUGAUAGUUCCCGCCCAUGAAAUGCCGAUGCCAACAAGUUCUGCACCAGCAUCUAAUAACAGCCAAUACAAAGUAGCAGUCCAUUAUAUAUCAAUUCUGCACUGCUUUCAUGUCAGACAGAAUGAUAAUGGCAGGUAUUUUAAUAAUGUGUGACUAUUUUAUGGUUUGUGUGUGUGCACCUGUGUUUUGUGUUUGGAUUUUUUAUUUACUGUUUUUGGUUGACAAUCAUCUCUUCCACAUUACAUUAAGAUCUGUUAUGGCUUCUUCCUCUGGUUCUUUUAUUUUUCCAGUAGUCAGAGUUAUUGACUUCCUGUAUGAUAUGUUUGCAUUUUACCUGCUUCUCAUUCUUUAUCAAAGUUUUAUUGUAAAUAUUUAUCCUCUAACAUGUUUCAUAUUAUACUUGCAUCUUAAAAUGGAAUAAAAACUUUAUACUCCAGCUCUGUUUGUUUAUGAAAGGUAUCAGAGUUUGGUAGGUUUUGGUUUUGGUGAACUGCAGGAAUCUAUACUGACCUAAUUAUGUUUGGUUGACCUUUGCUACUGAGAUUGACUUGCAUGCACACCCUGUUUGAUGCCACCAGAUGCUGACGUAACCAAACUGAUAUAUAAUAAAUUGUGUUUCAGCCUCUGAGAUUUAGGUUUCAGAAAAUGUCUAUUAUCUGGCACCAUGGCUAGCUGUUUUCACUUCUCACAAUCAAUUUACCUAACUUACACCUCAUGUUGAAGUUGAAUCUGUCAUUGACGGACAAAAAAGGCAUAGUAAUUGUGUUGGAUUAAUAAAGUUUGAGUUCAUCAUU